AUGGCCGCAUCAGUCAGCUUUUAUCCGGAAGAAGCCGGGUACAAGGCGGCUAAUGUUCAGUACAGCAACGACACCGUCAACACCGCCCAGUACCGCAACUACUACACUCCUGGAAACAUUUCCCCAGCCCAUGUCGCGGCAACAUCCCCUGUCACCGCUGCUCAAGCAUCUUCCGUCAUCAGCCAGGUCGAGCAAAGCCCUGUGACUGCUCAGUAUCACACUGUAGCUGGGGCGUAUCCAUAUUGGACUGGAACUCAGGAAAAAACGAAUUCCUCUGGCAUUGGCUCGAGCACUUCCUCCCUCUCCCAGACGCCUCCCGACAACGCUUCCCAAGCCGCAUAUCUGCCCAAAACGGAGCCCAAAGUGGAAGCAGAUGAGACGACCAUCCGCUCCGAGCUCACUCCUGCUCAGCCUGAGCUCAGCUCAUCCCCAUCUGCGCUGCCUGUUUCUAGCUCUGCCAUUUCCACUCCACAACUACCCAGCGCCUCCCCAGUGUUGACCCCUAUUGACCCAACUGGUCAUAAUCCUCCAAUGAGCUCAUCGAUAACGACCUCCACCUUAUCAAGUUAUACACCGACUACUGCCCAGUCAAUCUCUGCCUGGAAUUAUCCCUACCCUUCUUCUUCAAGUAUUUACUCCGGUCUUGAUCCUUCUAGAGCUGCCGCUGCUGCUUCUCUUUCGUACCCAGGUUUUUCCUCCGCCGCCGCUGCUUCUGCCCAUGGAGCUUCAACAGUCUCCGCUACCGAUCCUCAUAGUUUUCUUUCUUCCCUUCAUCCCUUUGGCCCUGGCCAUCCGGGUACCCAUCCAUCCGUCCUACCGUAUUACCAGCAGCAUGCGUAUCAGUAUGCAGAUCAAUAUGCCCAGUAUGGAGUUCACCCAGAAGAUCAUAUGACGAAUCCGAAGACAAGUGACGACCUCGAGGGCUUUGCCCGCGAUUUCAAGCAGCGCCGAAUCAAGCUUGGCUACACUCAGGCUGAUGUUGGACUUGCCCUUGGAACCCUCUACGGAAAUGUCUUCUCCCAAACAACCAUUUGCCGAUUCGAAGCCCUCCAACUUUCCUUCAAGAACAUGUGCAAACUAAAACCUCUCCUGCAGAAGUGGCUUCAGUUCGCUGUCAAAGGUAAUCAAUCGAAUGGCUUCUCGGCGCUAGAAAAGGCCGCAAACACUGGAAGAAAGCGAAAGAAGAGACCGAGUCACGAGAUGAGCCCGAGUAUGGCAAGCGUCCCGUGGCAGACCAGCCACAGUGCAUCGUCGGUGAUUACUACGGAGGAGCCGAAGAGGAAGAUUACUAAAAGCGAAGAUCCCUACUCUUAA